AUGGGAAGAGUCUCCCUUUGCUCGGAGGACGUCGAUCCGCUGGUGUGGACGCCGGUCCCUGGCAUCGCGGUGGACACGUUGUUCCUCCUCGUGAUCCAGGCGCUGGCCAUCAUCCUCGUCUCCAACCUCUUCCACUCGUUGCUCCGCCGGUACAACCAGCCGAAUGCCAUCUCGCAGAUCCUGGCCGGCAUGGUGGUGGGCGGCAUGGGGCUCCGCAACGCGAUCGUGCACAUCGACGUGGACAACGUGGAGGACAUGUACAACGGGUACAUCGCGGCGACGCGCAUCCUGUACAUGUUCCUCGUGGGCCUGGAGACGGACAUCGCGUCGCUGCGGAGCACGGCCCGGCGGUGCGUGGCCUUCACGUACGCGACGGUGGCGGCGAGCCUCCUCCUGGCGGCCAUCGUGUCGAGCGGGAUGUACGGGAGCAUGAUGCACUCGCCGGUGAGGACGCCCGAGAUGCUGGCGGCGACGCUGAUGGUGGCGCUGACCAACACGUCGUCCGUGUCGGUGGCGCGGAUCGCGGACGACCUCAAGCUGACGGUGACCGAGAACGGGCGGCUCCUGGUGAGCGCGGCCAUCGGGACCAACAUCAUAUGCGUCAUCGGCGACGGCGUGCUGCGGUCCACGAGGAUGGCGAGGGAGAACAGCAUGGACUUGUCGCAAGGCUUGGUGGUGCUAACCGGGGUGGGGCUGGCCCUGUGGCUGGUGCGCCCCGCGGUGACGCGCGUGAACCAGCGCAACGUCGGGCAGCACCAUGUGAGGAGACGCGACCUGGCCUUCAUGAUCUCGGCCAUCUGGAUCGUCGGAAACUUCCCGCAGAAGCUUGGCUUCGACGGGUUGCCCACCAGCUUCGCUCUAGGGCUGGUGUUCCCGAGGGAAGGGCCCGCGGCACGGUCCGUCGCGGACGCCCUGGUGCCACCCGUUAACGGAUUGCUGAUCCCCUUCUACUUCGCCACCAUUGGGAUGCGGAUGAACUUCAACACCAUGUCUGGCGCCAUCAUCCUGCCCGGCAUUCUCAUGAUGCUGCUCGGCCUCGUCGGCAAGGCCAUCGGCGCGGCGGUGGCGUCCGCGUACCUCAACAUCCCGCUCUGCGACGCCCUCCGCUUCAGCGUGCUGCUCAACGUGAAGGGCCACGUGGACACCAUGAACAUGCAGUUCGCCAAAUCAGAAGGGGUGUGGGCGGAGCAAGCACUGUACGCGAUGAUCAUCGGCAACCUGGCAAGCACCCUGGUGGCUGGUCCGGCGGCGGCGGUUUUCGUGCGCAAGGAGAAAGAGGCGUACGCGAUGACGCACCAGGCCCUGGAGUCGUUGCGCGAGGAGGCGGAGCUGCGCAUGAUGACCUGCUCUAACAGCGCGCACUCCAUGCCGGCCCUGCUCAGCCUGGUGGAGCUGAUGGUGAUGGAGCCGGCCAAGCAGCCGGCGGUCCAGGUCGUCCACCUGUUCGAGGGCGGCCAUAAGCGUGCCGCUGCGGCGGCCGCGGCGGCGUCAUCGGCGACGCCGUACCUGCCGCCAAUCAUCGACGAGUAUGACGCCGGACGCGAGGCCAUCAACGACAUGAACACGGUGGUGGACCUGUACCUGCGGUCGACGGGCAUCGCGUUGCAGCAGAUCGACGUGGUGUGCAGCAGCGCGUCCCGGGACGUGGACGCCGUGUGCCGCUGCGCCGGGGAGGCGCGCGCCUCCCUGCUCCUCCUCCCCUGCUACAGGGAGCAGCGGUACGACGGCAAGAUGGCGUGCCGGCUGGAGGAGCGGCGCGAGCUGAACGUGGGCGUGCUCGCCAAGGCGCCGUGCACCGUGGGCCUCCUCAUGGACCGGCCCUACAGGAGCAGCGGCGCCAGCUUCCAGGUCCCCACCAGCGUGGACACGAGCACCAGCACGCUGCUGCACCCGUGCAGCGACAGGGCGGUGAGGCACGUCAUCGCGGCGGUGUUCCUGGGCGGGGCCGACGACCGCGAGGCCGUCUCCGUCGCCUCCCGGCUGGCCGAGAACCCCAACAUCGGGCUCACAGUGUUCCGGUUCGUGAAGCUCAGCACGUACGACACGGUGACGUCGUCGACCUCCAGGGCGGCGGCGGCCGCGGAGGGCGAAGGGCUGGGCCGGCCGUUCAACGACGCGGAGGUGGACGAGCGGUUCAUGUGGAGGUUCUACGAGAACUACGCGGCGACGGAGAUGGCCAUGUACGUGGAGAAGGUGGUGGAGAGCCCGGCCGACGUGGUGGAGACGCUGGAGGCCAUGGCCGGGAUGUUCUCGCUGGUGAUCGUGGGGCGGGCCGGGCGGCAGCCCAAGGAUCUGCUGGUCGGGCUGGACGAGUGGGCGGAGGCCGGGCGGGAGCUGGGCGCCGUGGCGGAGAUCCUGGCGUCCAAUACGUCCAUGGAGAUGGGCUCCGUGCUCAUCAUGCAGCAGCACAGGGUGCUUGUGCAGCUGCCCCGAUGA